AUGUUUCAUUUGUUUUAUUUAACGAGACUGAAGACUGUUAUUCAACUGACCAAACACAAAUUAAAUGAAUAUAUUUAUUAUUAUUUGGUAUUGCUUCUUGCUUCUACUACAAUUUACAAUGAAUGGUUGGUAUACUCACUGUAUGCAAGUAAAUGGCCAACAUUAUACUGUGGUAAUGAGAAAUUUUGUAAGACCAUCUUACUAGUUGCUGAUCCACAAAUAUUAGGAGAAGAAAGAGCAAAUGUAAUAGCACGCUGGGAUAGCGAUCGAUAUUUAUUCAAUACAUACGGUCGAGCGUUGCAGCAUGUUAACCCCGAUAAUGUUAUAUUUAUGGGUGAUUUAAUAGAUGAAGGAUCAUUAGCUGAUCAAAAAACUUUUGAACGUUAUUUACAUAGAUUUAGUAAAACAUUUUUUUUAAAAAAUACAAUUCCUCUUGCAUCUAAAAAUGUAAUUUUUAUACCAGGUGAUAAUGAUAUUGGUGGGGAUGAAGAAAUUGUAAUUCGAGAAAAAGUUGAUAGAUUUAAUCUUUACUUUGGUUCGCCAGGAGUAAUUGAAAAUGAAAAGAUAGAAUUUAUCAUGGUAAAUCAACUGAUAGAUUCAAUGCCAACAAACAAUAAUCCUACAAAUCGAACAAAUACUAUAAAAAUUAUGUUUUCACAUAUUCCUUUGACAACAAGAUGGACAAAAUUUACGGAUAAAGUUGUAAAUGAGUUCAAUAGUGAAUUCAUAUUCUCAGCUCAUGAUCACUCUUCUUUUAAUUUUAUUAGUGACAUUAAAAAAAGAAAACAAACAUAUAUUCAAAGGCUUGGACAUAACAGUUUUGAUGAAAUGUCCAAGGCCCAAUGGAGGUUUGGGCAACAAUCACCAAAUUCAGUCAGUGAAAUAAUUGUGCCAACCUGUUCGUAUAGAAUGGGAUCAAAUAAUAUAGGAUAUGGUGUAUUAACAAUUGAUACAUUCAGACACUCAGUCACAUACACUAUUUUAUGGCUUCCAUCAAGAUUUGCUAGUCUAUAUGCAUACCUGUAUGUUUUAAUGCUAUGCAUUAUAUUGUAUUUCUUACAUUUCAUUACCAGAAAUAGCAAAACAAUCAUAUACAGGGUUAUGUAA